AUGCUUAACAAGCUGUCUGGCCAGCCAGAGAGCUAUGAGAAAAAGUCCCUGUACAAGUUUGGACGGACCCUUGGUGCUGGCACCUACGGUAUUGUCCGCGAAGCCGAUACGCACGACGGAAAGAAAGUUGCAGUCAAGAUCAUCCUGAAGAAAAAUGUCCGGGGCAAUGAGGGAAUGGUCUACGAUGAACUGGAAAUGCUCCAGAAGCUUCAACACCCUCAUAUCGUCUCAUUUGUGGAUUGGUUCGAGUCUAAGGACAAAUUUUACAUUGUGACACAACUGGCCACUGGUGGCGAGUUAUUCGACCGGAUUUGCGAUUAUGGCAAGUUCACGGAGAAGGAUGCGUCACAAACCAUUCGACAGGUCCUUGAUGCAGUCGACUACCUGCACAAGCGCAACAUUGUCCACCGUGAUUUGAAACCCGAGAACCUUCUCUAUCUUACACGCUCUCCUAGCUCUGAGCUCGUCCUGGCAGAUUUCGGUAUUGCCAAGAUGCUGGACAGCCCAUCUGAAGUUCUGACCAGCAUGGCGGGCUCCUUCGGCUACGCCGCACCCGAAGUUAUGCUGAAGCAGGGACACGGAAAGGCGGUUGACAUGUGGUCUUUGGGUGUCAUUACCUACACCCUUCUGUGUGGUUAUUCACCCUUCCGGGCCGAGAACCUGAGCGACCUUAUUGAAGAAUGCCGCACUGGUCGAAUCAUCUUCCACGAGCGUUACUGGAAGGAUGUUUCCCAGGACGCCAAGGACUUCAUCAUGACCAUGCUCCAAGCCGACCCCACCAAGCGAGUGACAUCUGAGGAUGCCCUCAAGCAUGAGUGGCUGACCGGAGAAUCUGCCAGCGACCGCGAUCUGCUGCCCGAGAUCCGUGCCUACAUUGCGCGCUCCCGCCUCCGCCGUGGUAUCGAGAUCGUCAAGCUCGCCAACCGAAUUGAAGCCCUCAAGAUGCACGACGAAGACGAGGAAGAGGGCGACAUCCCUAGUGCUAUCCCCCAGGAUCCCGAAAAUACUGCGUCCGCUUCGGGCUCAAAUGGAGAUGCGGCUUCCGGUCACCACAAGAAGCGUAGCCUUGGCAACAUUGCUCGCGGGGCGAUCUUCCGUGAGGUUGUUUUGGCAAAGGUGCGCGAGGUCAAGGAUAAUGAGGAGCGUGAGAAGUUUGAACAUGAUGCGCGCGAGAAGGCCUCCCAUCACUAA